GCUAUGUCGAAAUACGGGAACAUUUUCAGCUUGAUGACCUGAUUGGCCAUGUCCAGGAACGCCUCGGGAUCCAUCGCGAACGCGGUGGUGUUACGCUCUCGCUCGACGAACAACCGAUUCCCCAACUAGCGCGAGUCUCUCGACUUCCAGGCUUCCGAUUCAAACGUCCGCUGCCGAGCGCCCGCGAGCGACGCUAGCUAUGCGCUGUCUGCUGCGAUCAGCCGCCCGUCCCGUCGUCUGCUAGACUAACCCAACCUCGAGCAGCGGAAAUAAAAAGAGAACGGACGGGUCCUUCUUUACCGACCGCGCGGAAUUAACAUCUAGCUUCCAGCUCACUCGCCUAGAUGGCAGCAAGUGUCUGCGCGGGCGACUUCAAGGGUGCGUUCGUAAACCUUACCCGCUGAGGUAUAGGUUAACUUGACGGGGACUAGUCAGUGAACGUGUAGGGACACAUCAAUCUUCAAGGACUACCUAAAGUUUAUGAACGAUCUUGAGCAAACUAUAUUAUACACGAAAGAAAGCAUGAGUAGUGACAGAGAAAAAGCAAUUAUUGGCACGGCAAUAUCAAUAGGAAAAAAACUUUUGUCCAAUUACGAAUUUGAUUCCGAUUCAUCAUUAUCUGAUAGUGAAACUGAAAUUUUAUUGACACUUAUUUGCUCAAAAAAAAAGAGAAACAAGGCUAAACGCAUUGAAAGAUAUGUGGAAGAAACCAUUCAUCAUUUCACUGACAAACAAUUUCAGUCAAAUUUUAGAAUAACACGUGAAACUUUCCAAAGUUUACUUAUUAUUGUUGGUCCACAAAUAGAAAAUACUAAUACUACUGGAACUGGGAGACCAAUGGUCCCAGUUGAAAAACAGUUAUUAGCAACAAUAUGGCUAUUAGCGACGCCAGAUUCUUAUAGAUCAGUUGGAGAAAGAUUUGAUUUAAGCAAAUCUACAUUAUUUUCCUGCUUUGUUCGAAUUACGACAGCUUUAAAUGAUUUAGCACCUCAAGUGAUUCAUUGGCCAACAGAACAGGAACUUCCAUUGGUAAAAGAAAAAUUUAAAGCUAUGGCUGGAAUUGAUGGUGUUAUAGGUGCUCUCGAUGGGACAUAUGUACCAAUUAAAGCACCAUCAAAGGAUCCAGAAACAUAUCGAAAUCGUAAAAUGCAGUACGCCAUAACGCUGCAAGCAAUUUGCGAUGCUAAUUUAAAAUUCAUAGAUAGUUAUUCAGGAUAUCCUAGUUCAGUACACGAUGCUAGGAUUUUUAGAAAUUCUGACAUUUAUAAUUUGAUACGUCAAAAUCCAGAAAAGUAUUUUCCAAAUGAUGAAUUUAUUUUAGCCGAUAAAGCUUAUCCUACUUUAAAGUGGUGUAUUACUCCAUAUAUAAAUCGAGGAAAUUUGACAAGACAGCAGGGAAUUUUUAAUACACGAGUUUCACAGACAAGACAAACAAUUGAAAGAGCAUUUGCUCUUUUAUUUGGUCGAUUUAGACGCUUAAAAUAUUUGGACAUGAACAGAGUCGAUUUAAUACCCAAAACGAUACUUGCAUGCUGUGUUUUGCAUAAUAUAUGUCUAGAUUUUAGCGAUGAUUUGAUAUGCGAAUAUGUACAAGAAGGUAUGGAGGCAAUAAUGGAAAAACCACAGGAACAAAUUAUAUAUGAAAAUGAAAAUGAAAAACGACUUGGAAAUGAACGUCGCGAUGCACUAUGCAAAGCAUUAAAUCAAAAUCGUCGACAAAUGUAAUAUGUUCUCAGUGCUAUAUUCUGUAAUAUAACAUAUAUUCUAUAAUAUAUUUUAUAACUAUAUU